AUGGACCCUCCGCCCGCGGACGAACCCAACCUCCAACCAGCUUCCAUCAAUCGUCGGAGCAAACCCCAGCUCUCCUGUAAUCUAUGUCGUCGGAGGAAGCUCCGAUGCGAUCGCAAGGAGCCCUGUUCGACAUGCACCGCUCGUGGAUUGGCGCUGUCGUGUGCCUAUCCCAGCAAUCAAGCCCCAGCCCAGCGCCGACGGGCGCCUGGGCCACAUGAGACCCAUAAGGGUCGACCCCAAGCAACCGUUCAGGACCGCUUGGGCCAGUUGGAGCAGAUUGUUGUUUCGCUGAUGCAGAAGACCACCUCCGAUGGCCAAGACCGGCCGGCCCAGCAUCCAGUUACGUCGGUUCAACAAGAUCGCCCCGAAGAGGGCUCAUCGGAAGGGGCCACAAAUUCUGAAGACUCUCCAGCUCAAUCCGACAGCGGAAAUGUAUGGUUUAGCUCUUCGGAUACCCAGUACGUCGGAGGAACCCACUGGGCUGCCAUCCUGGAUGGGAUCGCCGACCUGAAGGAGCAGCUUGAACGGGAAGACCAUGGGAACAUGGAAAAACCUGAUAUGCUGCAUACUUUCCUGCUGUAUGGAUGUAAAUCAGCGAGUAAAGAAGAUAUCUUGGCAGCUCUGCCCGAUCGACCCGCCGUCGAUCGUUAUAUCUCCCAGUACUUCAAUCGGUUGGACUUGGCGCCAUGUAAGCCCCUGAUCUGCAAUAUUUGA